AUGUCUUAUGACCGAAGUUGGAUCACUCGACGAAUAAUUCCCGGUGGUUAUGGUUUUACGGAUGAAUAUAAUGAGGGAGUUAAAUAUUUUUUGGCAUUUGCGAGAAGCAAUUCUACAAAACCUCAUGAUCCAAAUCUUCUUAUUAGAUGUCCUUGCAAUACAUGUAGAAAUCAAUUACAUCAACUAAUUCCCGAUGUCGAGUUUCACUUAAUUGCAACCGGUUUUCUCGAGAGUUAUACCACAUGGCAUUAUCAUGGCGAAGCUAGCGGGUCGAGAAAUGAACAAGUGAAUGAUCAAGAAGAUGUGUAUGAUGAAUAUGAGAUGUUGAGGGAUGCUUUUGGGCCGGAAGCUUUGGAAGUAGAGAAUAACAUUUCCGAGGACCCGAACGAGCAAGCAACUAAAUUUCUAGACAAUGUAAACAAUGUUGGGGAGCCAAUAUAUCCGGGCAAUAUAAAGUACACACAAUUGAAGUUUAUUUCGAGAUUACUACAUUGGAAGAGUCGUAACCAAUGUAGUGAUAAAGCCUUUGAUGAGUUGCUCCUUUUACUUGGGGACGUGUUUCCGGAGGGGCAUAAGCUCCCUUCCAAUUACUAUGCUGUCAAGAAGAUAGUUAAGAAGCUGAGUUUGGGGUAUGAAAAAAUACAUGCAUGUGAGAAUGAUUGUAUGUUGUUUUAUGGUGAUGAUAAGGAUUUGGAAAAUUGUAAGUAUUGUAAUCUGAGUCGAUACAAAGCUGCAACACAUGCUGGGAACAAUACCAUUCCGAGGAAGGUAUUAAGAUAUUUUAAAAUCACUCCUCGAUUGCAGCGUUUGUACAUGUCUACCCGCACUGCUGAGCAUAUGAAAUAUCACAAGUAUAGAACUGUGGAUGAAGGGGUUCUUAGUCAUCCUGCAGAUGGAAAAGAAUGGAAAGAAUUUGACAAGAUGUAUCCUGAUUUUGCAGCAGAUUUUCGUAAUGUCAGACUUGGUCUUGCAACUGAUGGAUUUCCCCCGUACAGUAAUGCUACAUCUACAGUAUACUCAGUGUGGCCAGUUGUACUACUUGUGUAUAACCUUCCACAUACUAUGUGUAUGAAGGAUCCAUAUAUGUUCAUGACACUGCUAGUACCUGGGCCAAAUGAUCCUGGAAAGAAUCUAAAUGUUUAUCUUAGACCAUUGAUUGAUGAGUUGAUUGAUUUAUGGCAGGUCGGUGUACGUACAUUUGAUGCUUCUACAAAGACUAAUUUUAUGAUGCGAGCAGCUUUGUUGUGGACUAUCAGUGACUUUCCAGGAUUGGGAAUGGUUAGUGGGUGGUCAACCCAUGGAAAGAUGGCUUGUCAUGUGUGUAUGGGUGAAGUUAAAGCUAAGCAACUACCGCAUAGUAGGAAAUCCAGUUUUUAUGGAUUACAUAAGGGAUUCUUAGAAAAGCGCAGAAAAAGAAAGAAAGGUUUUGUCAUUCGUGACAUGUGUGCAAGUAUAACUUUUCCACAACCUGGGAAGCCACACAGCAAGGAAAGGGCCCAUGGAUUUGGUGAUUCACACAACUGGACACAUGUCACUAGCUUCUUUGACCUGCCAUAUUGGGAUUCUUUGCGUUUGCGGCAUUGUAUUGAUGUCAUGCAUACAGAGAAAAAUGUCUUUGAUAACAUUUUCCACACUAUUCUUGAUAGUGUCAAAACAAAGGAUACUAUAAGAUCAAGAAUGGAUUUGCAAGCAAUGGGUAUCAUGCGCGAGUUAUGGCUUAACGGUACACGUAAGCCAAAAGCUAAAUACAACCUCACCCGAGAUCAGUUGAAAUUACUAUGUAAAUGGGUGCAUAGAUUGAAACUCCCAGAUGGUUGUUCGUCAAACUUGAAGAGAUGUUGUAAGAUAUCUCAAUUGAAAUUUCAAGGCAUGAAGUCACAUGAUUGUCACGUAUUUAUGCAGAAGUUGUUGCCUUCAGCUUUUCGUGAACUUCUUCCAGAUGAUGUGAACAAACUACUUUAUGACUUGUCAAAUUUUUUCAAAGACUUGUGCUCAACCACACUUCUUGCAUCAGAUUUGAGGAAAAUGGAAAGAAACAUAGUUGGGAUUGUUUGUACUAUGGAGACUAUAUUCCCUCCGGCUCUUUUUGAUCCAAUGGAGCAUCUUCUUGUUCAUUUAGUUGAGGAGUGUAUACUCGGUGGCCCCGUCCCAUCCCGAUGGAUGUAUAAUAUUGAAAGACUACAACGCAGAAUGAAGCAAAAGGUGGGGAACAAAGCACGCGUUGAAGGAUCCAUUGCAGAAAAAUACAUAUAUGAGGAGCUCACACAUUUUUGUUCUAUGUACUUUGAGUCUGAAGUUGACACAGUGCACAACAUGUUAGGGAGGAAUAUGGUUGAUGAUCGUUCACGGGAUCCAGAAAAACUAUUAGCCUUCACAUAUCCGGUAGAGCUUUUGGGAGCUUAUAAAGGCUAUCAUUUAGAUAUGGAUUCCUUGCGCGUUGCAGCACAUUACAUCCUCACUAAUAUGCAUGAAGUGGCACCUUAUAUUACAAUGUUUGAAGAUGAGAUUCGAAGUCAAGGUGCACCAUUGUUGAGUGAUAUAGAUAUGGAUAAAUUGUUAAAGGAUAAUUUUGUCACGUGGUUGCAAAAUAAGGUAUUAGAGGCCUAA